GCGCCGCUGUUGACCGAGAGGAGCGAGAGGAAGCUCGGAGCGCUGCAGCCCCGCCCGCUGCGGAACGGCUCGAUCGGUUUAUCGCUCCCUGUCCGACCCUGCGGCCCGAUCGUCCCCGCGGUGCUGAUCCAUUCUUUAGUCAACGGAGGGACCGGCGGCUCCUUCCGCUGCAGAAGCUGAGAGAAUUGAGUGGCAGUGGGAGUUGCAUCGGCGGUGUUGCGGUGCCGGCGGUGCCGCUGCGGAGAUGUGCGCGGCUGGGAGGCGCUGGGGCCGGCGGCAGCGAGCUCUGCUCUGGGCCGUCCUGCUGGCGGCGUGGGAGGCGGCGUGGGGGCAGCUGCGCUACUCGGUGCCCGAGGAGAUGCCCAAGGGCUCGUUCGUGGGCGACGUGGCCAAGGACCUGGGCCUGCAGCUGCUGGCGCUACGAGACGGAAGAAUCCGCAUUGUCUCUGAAGGUAGCACUCAGUAUUUCGCUCUGCACGGGAAGACGGGACAUUUAGUGACGGCAGAGAGGAUCGACAGAGAGCAGCUGUGCGAGCGUGUGCAGCAAUGCGUGCUGCGCUGUGAGCUGAUAGUGGAAGGACAGAUGCAGGUUUACGGAAUCCAGGUGGAAAUCACAGACAUUAACGACAACGCGCCCAGCUUCCGCGAGACUGAAACAAAGGUGAAAAUUAUCGAAACAACAGCCCCGGGGUCGCGGUUUCCCCUACCAGAUGCUCAUGACCCUGACUUGGGACGGAAUUCCCUGCAGAGCUACGAGCUGAGCGGUGACGAGCACUUCUCGCUGGCCGUGCAGGCGGGCCCCGGCGGCGAUCAGCGUCCCGAGCUGGUGCUGGCCAAGGCGCUGGACCGGGAGGAGGCGGCGUUUCACGAGCUGGUGCUGAGGGCGAGUGACGGCGGCGAUCCGGCACGGACGGGCACGGCUCGGAUCCGCGUGACGGUGCUGGAUGCGAACGACAACGCGCCCGUGUUCAGCCAGGCGGAGUACACGGUGCGUCUGCCCGAGGACGUGCCUGUAGGCUCAACUCUUACGACGGUCAGGGCCACGGACGCCGAUGAGGGGCUAUACGGGGAAAUUAAGUAUUCAUUUAAGAAAAUCACGGAGAAAUCCUCUCAGACUUUCCGGCUGGACAGCGACACCGGAGCGAUCAGUCUAUUGCGGAGUCUCGACUUCGAGAAAAGUGACUCUUACGAACUAGAGGUGCAAGCAGAUGAUGGGGGAGGCCUUUUUCACACAGCGAAAGUUGUGGUCACUGUGACAGACGUCAACGACAACGUGCCAGAAAUUUCGGUGAGGUCGGCAUUGAGUGAGAUCUCGGAAGAUGCCCCAUCGGGUACUAUAGUAGCCCUGCUGCACGUGAGGGACAAGGACUCCGAGCCUAACGGCAAGGUGCGCUGCUCGAUCGACGGGGAUGUCCCGUUCCGUCUGGAGAAGUCCUAUGAAGACUACUACCGUGUGGUGACAGCGAGAGAGCUGGACCGAGAACAGGUGUCGGAGUACAACGUGACAGUACGGGCGGCCGACGGCGGGUCGCCGGCGCUGCAGAGCAGCGCGGUGCUUUGUCUGCGGGUGCUGGACGUGAACGACAACGCGCCGGUGUUCGCGGAGGAGCGCUACAGCGCGCGUGUGGCGGAGAACAACGCGGCGGGCGCGCUGGUGCUGACGGUGCGCGCGACGGACGCGGACUGGGGUCAGAACGCGCGCGUGCGGUACCGGCUGGGCGAGGGGCGGGUGCGGGGCGCGCCGCUGUCGUCGUACGUGUCGGUGCAGGCGGAGACGGGCGCGCUGUACGCGCUGCGCUCCUUGGACUACGAGCAGGUGCGCGAGCUGCGGCUGUGGGUGGUGGCGGAGGACGGCGGCGCGCCGGCGCUGAGCAGCAACGUGUCGGUGGAGGUGCAGAUCGUGGACGAGAACGACAACGCGCCGCAGGUGCUGUACCCGGCGCCGGCGGCUGCGCUGGGCUCGGGCUCGGGCGGGGCGUGGUCGGGCGUGGAGCUGGCGCCGCGCUGGUCGGAGCCGGGCGCGCUGGUGGCCAAGGUGGUGGCGGUGGACGCGGACGCGGGCCAGAACGCGUGGCUGUCGUACGAGCUGGCCAAGGCGACGGAGCCGGGGCUGUUCCGCGUGGGGCUGCACAGCGGCGAGGUGCGCACGGCGCGCUCGCCGCUGGCCCGCGACGCGGCGCGGCAGAGCCUGGUGGUGGUGGUGAAGGACCACGGGCGGCCGGCGCUGUCGGCCACGGCCACGCUGAGCGUGGUGCUGGCCGAGAGCGUGGCCGAGCUGCUGGCCGAGAUGGGCAGCGCGGCCGACGAGGCAGCGGCGGCGGCGGGCGAGCCGGCCGGGAGCCUGACGCGCUGGCUCGUGCUGGCCGUGGCCGCCGUGUCCUGCCUCUUCCUCGCCUUCCUGCUGCUGCUGCUGGCGCUGCGCCUUCGCCGCUGGCACCGCCAGCAGCUGCUGCCGCCCGCCAGCGGCGCCUUGCGCGGCGUGCCCGUGUCGCACUUCGUGGGCAUCGACGGCGUGCGCGCCUUCCUGCAGUCCUACUCGCACGACGUGUCGCUCACGGCCGACUCGCGCAAGAGCCAGCUGCGCUUGUCGGCCAGCGCCAGCUGCUGCGACACCCUCCCGGCCCGGCCACUGCCCGACGAGCCCGCGCCGCUGCUCGGCGACGAGGACCCUGCCGGCGCCAGUCCCGUCGCUCCCACUACUCCCUCGCCGGGCCCCCUUGAGCGCGGCCAUGCGGCGGCUGCAGUGUCGCGGCGGCGCCUCCGGGUGUCGCUGUUGGCCGCCGCCGAGCGGCGCUGGAGCCGCCGCCGCCGCAGCGUCCUGCCCCCGCAGGCUGCUCGCUCGCCCGGCGCCGGCCAGAGCGGCAGCGGCACCACCAGCAGCAGCAGCGGCGGCGGAAAGAGGCGGUGA